AUGUUCUGCAGUAACGAAGACAGUUUCGCCGCUGAUACAGUUCAUGUAGACGCAUGCCAGUUUCGAGAUCUGAAACCAGCAGUGGUUGAGCCCCACUUCCUGAAACGGGACGUGGGAUAUGCACUGUUGCUGUUGCUGAGAUGGAGCCCGGGAUCUGGCGUUGGCUUUGAGUUGGGGCUAGGAGUAGUCCUAAAAAGCCAAUUUCGGCUCGUUGAAGGCGACGCUGGGGUGACAGCUCAUGAGAAAGACGGCUCUGGUGUUUUAGGUGCACCCACAUCUCUCCCCACUCCAGUGGCAACUGCUGCACUGAAUCACUCAGAAGAGGUACCUUACAAGUGCAAAUCAGAACGAGAAUGGAAGCGGCUGGAUCUCACCAUUAAAGAGGAGGACAUAGGCCACGGAUUGCUUCACUUCUUUAGCCCCACAAGCCACGAAGAAUACCAAGUCCAGUUGGCUGCAGAGUAUGAGAGGAUGACAGAAAGACAGGAAGAACUCCGUCUUUUGGUGAGGAGAGCUGCCAUCAGAAAAGUAGAGCAUGCCCAUAUGUAA